AUGAAAAUUUCUACAGUUAUUUUUAUCAUCAUCGCACCACUCGUCAGUGGUGGUAUAAGGCAACGUCGAUGUAUCGGUAGUGGUUGCGUGACUACGACGGUCGUCGAAACGUACAUGGAACCAUCAUGUAUGCCGCCUUGUCUUCCAAUGAUGCCAAUGCCGCCUCCUCCACCACCUCCACCACCUCCACCACCUCCUCCACCUCCACCUCCACCGCCACCUAUGCCUGUGAUGGUCUGUUGCUGUGGGAUGAUAUAUUGUUGAUUUAAAAUUUCAAAGCUCUAACGUUUGUCACCAUUGAUUUUUUUGUUUAUUAUGAAGAUUAACAAGCUUGUAGUUGAGCAUUAAACAUCAAUAGCGAAU